AGUAUUCUGUAGAAAACCAAUUCCAUGUUUAUGCGGAAUAUCCAUUCCCCUCCAAAACUAAGGAAUUGCUAUUCUUUAGACUUAAAAAUAGGUCAUUUACAAUUUUGCCCUGAAAAUAAUAACAAAUAGAAACAUAAAAUGAAACAUUUCUCACGAUAAAAAAGUAUUUGUUCUCUGUUCGUUCUUUUCUUCUCUAUUCUCUCUGCUCUCUGGAUUAUCUUCUCCAUAGAAAUCGAAACUUGAAUCAAGCUAUAGAUCUGAAUCAAACAUGAGUCAAGUAAUGUCUCGAUUAAGUUUGCUUCGUAAGAAAGAAAAGAGAAAGAAAAUUGCUGUUGUUUUGGCUGUGUGGUUGCAAAUGAAUGUAAUUGCAAAUUGGUUUUUUACAAUGUCUUGUGUAGCUUUGUCUAUUCGUAGGAUCAAACCUAAAGUUACUUAUGAAAUAAAUUCAGUUUUAAAACGAGAAUAUAUUAGACGGCUUGUUCAUCAGAAAGACACUACUUGCACUAGUGAAUUAAGAAUGAAUAGAAGAGCAUUUUAUAAAUUAUGUGAGAUGUUGGAGAGUAUUGGAGGCUUAAAACCAACAAGAAACAUGCCUGUGGAUGAACAAGUAGGGCUGUUUUUGCACAUCCUUUCGCAUCAUCAAAAAAAUAGAACUAUCCUCACUAACUUUCAGAGGUCAGGAGAGACAGUCAGUCGAUGUUUUCACAAGGUAUUGGAUGCCACUAUGCGCUUGCAGAGACUGAAGUAUGGACAGCUUAUUUAGAGAGUCAUAGAAAAGCUGCACCUUUUAUGACAAAGAGUCUAUGGUAUUUUGAGGAGUUCUCGAUGAUUUAUGGAAAGGAUCGUGCAACAGGAAAAGAUGCUCAAGGAGUUGAAGACAUACUUGAAGAGAUUCAAGUCGUAGAAGAGACCGGGGGAGGUGAUAAUGAAGUUGAAAGUGAGGCACAUGGCACUAGUGAAGCUUCUGUUAUAGGAACUAAUGGCAAGACUGACGAUGCUUCAUCUAAAAAGCAAAAAUCAAAAGGUAGUUCAACAGAAUCAUUCACUGCCGAGUCAAUCAUGAAUGCAGCCAUCUUGUUGAGUAAAGAAAUGAAAGAAAUUGGAAAGGAGAUUAGUAAAAGUCUUGGAGUUGAGUUAACUAUUCAAGAAAAGGCCGAACAAUUGUUUGGAGUUUUGAAUGAUAUUGAAGGAUUGACAAUGAUUGAGAAAUUUGCUGCUUUAAGAAAAAUUCCAAAAGAUCCUACUCAAAUGUUGGUGUUUUUCAGUAUUCCAGUCGAGCACAAACUUUUGUGGGUCAAAGAAUUUCUCGCAGAUACUUCCUUUUAACUAAAUCUCUCGUGGAGCAACCGUUCUUGUUGGAAAAUGGGGUAUGAGCAAUCAACAAUGGGGUUACAGUGAAUUAAUGCUUUAAGAUAACAUUCUUAAGAGUUUUUUUUUGUAAGUCAGUUUGUAAUUGUUUAGGCAAGAGUUAAAUUGAAGUUAUCGGCGGAGCAUUCCCGACAUGUUCAGCAUUUUAAUUGUGGAUUUUCUUCAUUUUUAAUAUUUUUAUCAUGUAGUUACUCUAGCGAUACGAGAAAUGUUAAAUUGCAAUUUGUAUGAUUUUGUUUUAAAAAUAUCUGAUACUAUGGUGGUAAGAUAUUGAAAGUGGCUUCAAUUUGACUUUUAAAA